AUGCGCAAGACCUCAAGGUGCAACGAACUUAAAGCUCGAACAAAGGAGAGAAUUCAAGACCUCAAGGUGCAACGAACUCAAAGCUCGAACAAGGGAGAAAUAGUGGACAGUGGCACUCUCCGAAAUAGCCGACUGGCUAAGAAUCGAACAGAAUCGAAGCCGUUGAUAGAAGCUCGAACAAAGGAGAAACAGUGGACAGUGGCACUCUCAACAUACCCGACUGGCCAAGAAUCGAAGCCGUUGCUGAGUCUUACCUCGAAGAAAGGAGAAACAGUGGACAGUGGCACUCUUCGAACCGACUGGCCAGGAAUCGAAGCCGUUGCCGACUGGCCAAGAAUCGAAGCCGUUGCUGAGUUUAGAGUGGCACUCUACCACAUAGCCGAAUGGCCAAGAAUCGAAGCCGUUGCUGAGUUUAGACUUUGGCCAAGAAUCGAAGCCGUUGCUGAGUUUAGACUACGAGGAAAUGGAGAAGUCCCACCUGUCUAUGUGACCUACAGGAGGAAACGGAGAAGACCCACCAUAUGUAACCUACAUGAGGAAAUGGAGAAGACCCAUCUGAUCUGUAACCUACAGGAGGAAAUGGAGAAGACCCACCUGAUGUGA